AUGGGCGUACCAGGUUUGUGGGAGGUCAUACAACCCGUCGGGCAGUCGAGGUCAUUGAUGAACAUAGCCGUCGUGGACGGCUUUGAGCGCAACACAUCCGGACGACGCGCGUAUAGAGUGGGUAUCGACACCAGUAUAUGGUUCACACAUUCGUAUUACAGCAAGGGUGGCGAAAACCCGCAGCUGCGCCUUCUCUUUUUCCGCCUGGCGAAGCUGGCUGAGCUACCUUUGCUGCCGCUAUUUGUGUUCGACGGGAGGGAACGUCCGAAAGUGAAGAGGGGGAGUAGGAUGGGGAAAUCUGGGUCCCAUGGGCUCACGGACGCCUUCAAGCAGAUGCUUGGCCACUUUGGGUUUGAGUGGCGGGUGGCGUACGGGGAGGCAGAGGCUGAACUCGCUCGCCUGAACCAGAUAGGAAUCAUAGACGCGAUUCUGACAGACGACGUCGACACUUUCAUCUUCGGUGCUCGAGUAGUUAUCAAGAACUGGAGCAAAGAGCUGUCUGGGAACAAGUCCAAGCCUGCCACUGAUGCUGAUGGCAAAGUCAGCAAGCACCAUGUUAUGGUAUUCAAUGCAGACGACAUUCGCACGCAUCCUAGUAUUGGAUUGACCCGUGGUGGACUUAUCCUAUUCGCCCUCCUCAAAGGAGGUGACUACGAUGUUGGAGUUCCUGGGAUAGGCGAGAAAAUAGCCCACGGCCUCGCCCGCGCGGGUUUUGGCGACCAACUCCUCACCGCUUUCGAGCGGCGCGCCCAACAGCCCAUCCAACCAUUCCUCGCACAAUGGCGGGCCGACAUCACCACCGAGCUGCGCACGAACUCCCGCGGCCUCCUCCCACACAGAUGCACAUCCGUCACUAUUCCCGUCUCCUUCCCCGACCUACAGGUCCUGGAGAACUACGCGGCACCACGUAUCAGCCCGCAGGGGGGCGGGCCUCUGCGUGACAGGAGCUCCCUGCAUGUCCCACGCAUUGCGAGGUUCUGUGAAGAUAGUUUCGAAUGGGGGUACAGGAGCAAAAUCUUGUACAGGUUGCGCAGCGUGCUGUGGGAGGCGUGUGUGAUGAGGGUGCUACGCCGUGCGGCUCUCGAGGCGGAUGAGAAGGAGAAAACCAGGAGGAUAGCCGCUGGUGGAGAGCCGGGACAGGCGAUUCGGGGCGCGCUGACUCCUGCAAGGGAAGACACCGAGCGCAGACGAGCUGCUUUUCCUGGAUCCUCUGGGCUCGCUGCUGCACAGAACACAGCUCGAGCCGCGCCAGUGCCCACAGUCCCGAAAGACGACCCCCUCCUUGUCGAGAUUGUCAGCACUCGACAGCACGCUUCCACCGACCGACUGCUUGAAUACCAUGUGGUGCUCAAGCCAGGCCCACUCGUUGCCCUCGCAAACUCAGGCAUCACCGGCAAGCGCCCUGAGCCCUCCGAUGCGCAGAAGGGAAAGGAGCACGAGGUAGAUCCGCUCGGCGAGACGCGGAUGUGGGUGCCUGCGCCGAUGAUGAGGCAGGUGCAUCCGGAUCUCGUCGAGGACUAUGAGACCUCGCUUAGAGAGAAGGGAAAUAAGAGA